GCUGGAGCAACAGAGAAAGGAGCAAUGGAUGCAGCUAAUAUUUUAAAACCAAUGUUAUCAAGAGGAGAAUUACGAUGUAUUGGAGCAACAACGUUAGAGGAAUAUAGAAAAUAUGUUGAAAAAGAUCCAGCAUUUGAAAGACGAUUCCAACAAGUUUAUGUAAGUGAACCAAGUGUAGAAGAUACAUUAUAUAUUCUUCGAGGAAUAAGAGAGAAAUAUGAAAAUCAUUAUGGAUUAACAAUUACGGAUUCAGCAUUAGUUUCAGCAGCAACAUUAAGUAAAAGAUACAUCAAUGGAAGAUUUCUUCCUGACAAGGCAAUUGAUUUAGUUGAUGAAGCAUGUGCUACAUUAUUUACACAAAAGAAUUCACAACCAGAAGAAAUAGAUAGAUUAGAAAGAAGAGAAACACAAAUAAAUGUGGAGAAAAUAGCAUUAGAAAGAGAAGUUAAAGAAACGGAUGAAGAACAUAAAAAAGUUAUUGAAGAAAGACUUAAAGAAAUUGAAAAAGAAAUGAGUGAAAAUAAAGAGAAAUUAACAAAGUUACGAAUUAAUUAUGAGAAAGAAAAAGGAGGAAGUGAAGAAAUGAAAGAACUUGCAACAAAAAUAGAAAGUAUGAAACAUAAAGCAGAAAGUACUAAAGAUUUAGAAGUAGCAGCUGAUUUGAAAUAUUAUGCAAUACCAGAAGCAGAAAAGAGAUUGGCAGAAUUAAAGAAACAAAAUAAAGAAACAACAAUGAUAUCAUUACAAGUCACAGCAACACAAAUAGAAGAAGUUGUGAGUAGAUGGACAGGAAUUCCAGUUACUAAAAUGAAUCAAAGUGAGAAAGCAAGAUUACUGAAUUUAGAAAGUGAAAUACAUAAACGAGUAAUAGGACAAGAUGAAGCAGUGACAGCAGUUAGUGAUGCAAUCAUUAGAAGUAGAGGAGGAUUAGGAAAUGAAAAACGACCAAUAGGAAGUUUUAUGUUUUUAGGACCAAGUGGAGUAGGUAAAACAGAAUUAGCAAAAGCAUUAGCAGCUGAAUUGUUUGAUCAG